AUUCGCUAAAUAGCGCAUAAAGAAAAAACAAAAGAACCACAACCGAAACAAAGUAUUGGCAAGUGCGAAAACAUGCAAAUUAAGGGGAAAUUACGCACGGUGUAAAUUUCCCAAACACGUUUAUAAAAAGUCCCUCGCACGCAUACACAGUCACACACACAAAUGAAAUGGAGAAACUGCAACCAGGUGAUAAAUGUGAGGAAUGCCUGAAUCAGGGCUUAAACCACAAACUGCGUUAUUUCUACAUAAAUCUGGAGGAGCAGCUGCUGAAAUGCGAAUCUCGCUUCUGUCUUUGGCCGCACAACGAUGAGGUGUCCUCCGAGGAGGAGUGGGAGGAGCAGGAAAGGCUGGAAGAUCAGGCCACAACAAAUGCUGAUGAUAAUGAUGAUGCAUUUAUUGUGCAGAUGCUGCAACAGUUGGCAGCCGAGGAGCCUGCAACGGAAUCCCCCUUUGCUACGGAAGCCUGCUCCAUGCCGGAUUUAACUAAUCUAACUACUUCCGGGUUUGACUCCGCCGUGGAAUUAGCAACUGCAACAGUACAGGAUGCAUGCCACAUGGAAGACAAGCCUCGUGACUUGGCUUGCAUCAGUCCAAAGUGCAUUCCAUUCCAUUAUAAAACCUUAUCCAACCACGAUAAACUCUUAUCAGCGACAACAACAACAAGAACUGCAGCUAUAACAACGGGAACAACAACAACAACUGUCAUUAACUCUAUGCCUGAUUUGUUAUCAGAAUCUUCUGGCAUUCCGAAUCUCCAGAACGAAAGUUCUCCCUUGCCAACUUUACCCAACUGGAAGAAUCCAAUUAAACCAGAGCCAUGCAUUCUAAUUGGAACAUGCAGCAGUGUUGAUAACAAAGAGUUCACAGUCUCGUGUCCUGGGCAGCAACUGAAGACUCAUAUAAAGACUCCAAAGACAUAUCGCUUCCAGACACUCAAAAAAGCCUCAACCACGCUAAUGAGCAAGCAGUCCACGCAUUCCAAUCAGAAGCAGCAGUCCAAUCAGAAGCAGCAGCCCAAUCAGAAGCAGCCGGAAUCUCAGCCAGCAACGCCGCCGCCGCCUUCAAGUUCCAUUCUGUCCACAUUUCGGGAUGCCGUGAAGCGGGAACAGGAGACACGUUCGCUGCAACGUGGUAGGCGCAAAGUUGGCAGCAUUGCGACCAAGUUAGUGGGAUACGGCGGACAAACCCGGACGGAGUUGGUCAAGCAGUUAAAGCAGAGCAUGGAGACCACACAGAAGAAGGAAGAAGCAACGGAAUGCGAGCAGAAAGCAGAGGAGGAAGCAAACAAAUAAAAACACUUUGGAUUUGUUUUGAAUGCCAAAUAAAUUUGCGUAUCAAAAUGCUACUCCGCUCUCCGCGCAGGCCUCGACCCACAGCAGUCAUGCGUUCACCACCAGCUC